UCGAUCUCCCUCUCCUAAUCUCCCUCGAUCUCCCUCUCCUGAUCUCAACCCUCUCUCUCGAUCUCCCUCUCCCGAUCUCAAGCCUCUCUCUCUCGAUCUCCCUCUCCCGAUCUCAAGCCUCUCUCUCUUGAUCUCCCCCUCACUCUCGCUCCCUCUCCCUCAAUCUCCCGAUCUCCCUCGAUCUCCCUCUUCCUCUUCCGAUCUCGACCCUCUCUCUCUCGAUCUCCCUCUCACUCUCCCUCCCUCUCUCGAUCUCCCUCUCCCAAUCUCCCUCUCCCUGCAUUUCCUCUCAUAUGAAAGGUGCAGUCGUGCAUUUGAAUUUGUGGAAGAAGGAAAAAGUCAAAGAGUUACUUGCUAGCGAAUGAAAUAAUUCCCACGACAUCCUCAACGAUCCAUUGACUCAAGUGUUUAGUCCUGAUAUAAGGGGUUGUGUUCGAGGUGUUGGGACCACCGUUUCCCAAUCACAAAUUAGGGGGUCCGCUGCAGCUCUUGAAAAAAUCUCUUCAUAUAAAGGAAAAGUAGAAGAGCAAUCAUCCACAAUUCAAGACCAAUCGUUCAAAAUUCAAGAGCUAUCUUCUAAAAUAGAUUUUCUUAUGGACCAAAUUGGGGGUAUCAAAGAGAUGAUUUAGGUCAAUUUUUAUUGAAAUCCUUCUUUUUAAAAUUUAAAUAGUAAUAAAUUAUUUUUUUCAAUUAUCGUAUAUAACACAUGGUGUGGAACUUUAUUACAGCAGCAACACAUGGAUUCGAUUCAACCGGAGAAUCCACAAUUGACUGGUGGACCCUCAGUUGGCAAUCAUCAAUGUGUAGAGAGAAUGCGGCCAUGCAAGUUGUACUCUUGGCGUAAAGAGCUCGUUGCUCAAGGGCGAGUUAUUUGGGCAGAUGGACCCCAAAUGAUUCAUGGCAAACCUCUUCAGGAAGAUCUUUACAAGGUUGCCAUUGAUGUCAUUAUCAAAGGAGACGUCGAAUUGCCCGAGCCAGACGGAUAUCAUUCGACUUUAGGCAAAGUUGGAAUUGGCCCAUUUGUUGCAUGGCAUUAUUGCUUUACUGAGUUCACUGAUUAGCAACAAUAGUUUAAUACUUUUUUGGACACUUAACCUUUUUGGACUAUAUAUAUGUUUUGAUUGUAUAGCUUACUUGAUUAGUUGUUUCUAUAGACUGAACAUGAUAGAUAUAAUGCAGGUUUUUGACAAAUGUGUUGAUGGCUUCGAUCAUCACUGCAUGGUAUCUGUAUAGGAGAUACUUGACCAUGGAAGUGGUGAAGGCUCAAAAUGACAAUUCCCAUGGCAUGAACUUUCCUGAUUCUCCGGAGCCCAUUUACGGCACCCAGUUCCUGACUCGGAAGUUCAAGAUUGCAGUGACAGAUCCCACAGACAACUCAGUAGAUAUUCUCACAAAUGACAUCGGUGUUGUAGUAGUUUCUAAUUCCGAAGGGGAACCUCAAGGUUUUAACAUUUACGUUGGAGGUGGUAUGGGAAGAGCCCAUAGGAUUGAGACCACUUUCCCUCGUCUGGGUGAGCCACUGGGUUAUGUUUUGAAAGAGGAUAUAUUGUUUGUUGUCAAAGCAAUUGUCGUUACACAGUGAGAGAAUGGGAGACGGGAUGACCAGAAAUACAGUAGAAUGAAGUAUUUGAUCAAUGAAUGGGGAAUCGAGAAGUUCAGGACUGUUGCUGAGCAGUAUUAUGGAAAGAAGCUUGAGCCCUUCCAAGAGUAACCAGAGUGGGAAUUCAAGAGCUAUCUGGGCUGGCAUA